AUGGUCGAUAUAAUUGGAAGUAAAGAUCUCGAAAGUGGUCAUAUCAAAGACACUCAAGCCGAAAGCUUGCGAGGAUAUUCAAUCCAUGUGGUACCACAAUCAUUUGGGAGUACCAUUGGUAGUCCGACAGCUCUCGCCAUUGGAGCAUUUGCGACAACUCUCACGACCCUCUCUUGUGCCCUUAUGGGAUUUCGUGGUUUAUCUAACACGGAUGUUUUUGUUGCAAAUUUUAAUUUUGUCGCAGGAAUAGGCAUGGUGAUAUCCGCUCAAUGGGAACUCGUUCGAGGUAAUUCAUACGGAUAUACGGUUUUAAGUGCAUUUGGGCUAUUUUAUGCUGGAUUUGGUGCAUUGGACAUUCCAUUUUUGGGCAUAACCGCGGCGUAUGGAAAUGAUACUGUGCAAUAUAAUAAUGCUGUUGGAUUUUUUGUUCUGAGUAUGUUCCCUAGAACCAUCAAUCGAGAAAUUGCGAAACUGACAGAAAAAGUAUGGUCUGUCUUCAAUAUAUUCUUCCUGAUCGGAUCAUUCCCAAUAAAUGUCGUCUACAUUGGCAUUUUCUUUUUCGUACAACUAGCCUUCACACUUGUCAGCGCAUCAUACUUCUGCGCCGCAGACGGUAAUGCAGCCACUGCCGCCGCACUCAAAAAAGUCGCGGGAGCAUUUGCUUUUAUAGCGGGAAUGUUUGGAUAUUAUACAGUGGGACAUUUGAUGUGUCAGGAAGCACUAUUUUUCGAUUUUCCCAUGGGCGAUACGAGUCGAUUUUUCAAGAGGAAGUUAAAUGAUCAGAGGCCGGUUCCUCAGCAUCAUGAGAAAGAAUGUAGAGCUUGA